GUCAUGUAGCGGUGCUGUAUGCCGGAGCGGGACAUGAGGCUCUCUCGCUGUAGACAUGGCCAACGUAAAGGUAGCUCUCCGGGUGCGACCCCUGAGCAAAAGAGAGAUUGCAGAAGGAGCAAGAGUCAUACUGAAUGUCGACGACAAAAUAGCAAGGAUUAAAAAUAUAAAGCUGGAUUAUAGAGCAGAUGGCUGCGGGGACACCAGAGAGCGGCACAUGGAAUUUGGCUUCGAUUACUGCUAUUUCUCUGUAGAUCCUGAUGAUCCAAAAUAUGCAUCUCAGGAAGUGGUAUUUCAAGAUCUGGGUACUACGGUACUCUCAGAGGCCAUUACGGGAUAUAAUGUGUGUUUAUUUGCCUAUGGACAGACUGGCUCAGGGAAAACAUACACCAUGAUGGGAACUCCGACGUCUGUUGGAUUAACACCCCGUAUUUGUGAGGGUCUGUUCUGCUAUAAUGCUGACUCCCUAGGUGCCCCAUCAUCAUGCCGGAUAGAAGUGAGCUUUCUAGAAAUUUAUAAUGAGCGUGUCCGGGACUUGUUACAUCAAGCAGACCAGAAGAAACCUUACACUUUGCGGGUUCGAGAACACCCAGAAAAAGGGCCAUAUGUACAAGGGUUAUCCCAGCAUGUAGUCACCAGUUAUGAAGAAGUAGUAGCCUUGCUGGAGGAAGGAAUGGAGAACAGGAUUACAGCAGCUACUCAUAUCCAUGAUGCCAGCAGUCGGUCCCAUGCUAUUUUCACCAUCCAGUAUACUCAGGCCAUUUUUGAAGAUAACUUGCCAUCAGAAAUAACAAGCAAAGUUAACCUGGUGGAUUUAGCAGAAAGAGCUUCUCCAAAUUACUGCAAAGAUCGUCUGACAGAAGGCUCCAACAUCAACAGAUCACUAGUGACGCUUGGCAUUGUUAUCUCUGCAUUAGCUCAGAAUUCUCAGAUGAGCAGUAGCUGCCAGAGCAUCAACAGCAUUAUCAGCGACGGGGAUAGUGGAAUCCAAGGCAGCAGCCCAUCUGGAAGUAGCAUCAGCGGAUCAAAGCGCCAGCCAUUUGUACCCUACAGAGACUCCAUCUUGACAUGGCUUUUAAAGGACAGUCUUGGAGGCAACUCAAAAACAAUCAUGAUUGCCACUGUGUCUCCUGCAAGCAGCAGCUACAAUGAGACCAUGAGCACCUUGAGAUAUGCUUCUAAUGCCAAAAACAUCAUCAACAAGCCUCGAGUGAAUGAGGAUACCAAUGUUAAACUGAUCCGAGAGCUAAGAGAAGAAAUUAACAGACUGAAAGCUAUGUUGAGGAACUUUGAAAUGAGAACUACGAGUCCUGCAUUCAGUGAGGAGCGAGAUGGGAAUAUUACGGAAUUGGUACGACAGAAUGAAUUAAAGAUUGAGCAGCUCACCAAAGACUGGACAGACAAGUGGACUGAUAAAGCAGCCCUUAUGGAGCAAUAUAAUGUGGACAUCGACCAUGGGAAAGCUAGAGUGACCAUUGAUUCUGGUUUACCUCAUCUCAUUGCUAUGGAUGAUGAUAUCCUUAGCACCGGGGUGGUGAUUUAUCAUCUAAAGGAGGGAACAACGAACAUUGGGAAGGGCGAUCACGAUAUUGUGUUGCAGGCUGAAUGCACUGAGCAGGAUCACUGUGUAAUCGAGAACAAUUUUGGAGUUGUGGAACUGCGGCCAGUCUCAGGAGCUCUAUGCACAGUCAAUGGGCAAGAAGUCACGGAUGUCUGUCGCCUCUCCCAAGGAGCUGUAAUUGUUUUAGGGAAGUCUCAUAGAUUUCGAUUUAACCACCCAGCAGAGGCCGCUGUCCUGAGGCAAAUGAGAUCUGACAGCCAGGCAUCCUUUGUGGGUGACUCUUCCCUGGACUGGCUGGACCUGUCUGGAGAUUAUUCUUCCGAAGAGAAUUCUCUCAUCUUCAACACCAGUUCAGAGAUAGUGUCUGAGGAUUGUCAGCAACGAAUAAAAGAUCUGGAAUCUUCUUGUCAGCAACAAGUGGAAGAGCAGCAGAGAUAUGUGGAAGAUUUGAAAAGGCAGAUCCGGGUUGCACAGGUGAAGGGAGAGAAUGAACUGGAACAGGAACAGACGCUGAUCAAUCAGCAAAUAGAAGAAAACCAGCAGUGGCUUCUGAAAGAGACGCAGCGGCUGACAGCAGUCUGUCAACAAAGAAAGGAAUCUGCAGUACAAACCGAGUUCAAAACAUAUGCAGAGGUUGAAAUACAGAACUGUGUACAAACUGAAAUCCAGCCAUCCCCAGAGGAGCUGAACAGAAAGCAGCUGUUGCAGCUGGAACUUCUGCGCAAAUGCUCACUUCGGAGGGCUGAGCGAAAUAUCAGGAGGAAAAGAGUGAAAUUUCAGCUAGACAGGAUUGUAAAAAAGCAAAAACUCUUAGAAGCAAAGAAAACCCUUCAGCAGCUGGAGGCUGCAUGCUGGAUUAAUGAAGAUGCACUGAAGCCAACUUAUCUACACAUACCUAAACUUAAAGAACCUGUAGUACGUUCCACAUCACCAGAUAGAACUAGAACUUCUUCUUCUAUAUUUUCAUACUAUAGGAGGCGUUCUUUACCUUGGACUUUGCAGACACUUCCUACAUACAGUGCCCUCUUAAAAAGAAAAUGUAAAAGUGAGCUGUUACAAAAAUCCAAGACCCGUGAAAACAAAAAGCCUCUACGAGCUUUGUCAAUAGAUUGUCUUAAAACCUCACCCACUUGUGGCAGCUGUGAUGAAGUUGACAAUGAAUCAUCCAUUUUAGAAGUUGGAACUACACAAGCAGAAAACAGAACCAUCAACCUACUCAUAAGUCACAGGAAUUCCGGUGUUACCUUUUUUCCAAGUGAUCCACAAAUGAGCAAAAAACGGCAAAAAAUGGAUAAAGCUGGUGGGAGAUCAAGAGGACUUUACGGCUGCCCUACUGAGCCACCAAAGAAGAGAAAUGCAAGGGCUGCUAUAAAUACAGGAACCAAGGACACAAAAUUAAAAGAAACCAAAAAACAGUCACAACCCACUGCUGGAAUACCUAGAAAGAACACAGUGUUGGAGAAGAUCAAACCAACAGCAAAGAGCGAGUGCGUCAAAUCUCCACCAGAAAAAUAUGCCAAGAAUAUUCAGAGAUCACCUGGCCCAGGAAAGAUUGCUCCUAGAGAUGCAUUUACAGUGAAGGGAGCAAGAGGAAACAUGACAACAUCAAUGCCAAAUACUAAAACAAAACCAGUUAAUGUGGCUAAUAAAAUAUCAUCUUCUGUUGACAACAUAUCCAAGCUUAACAACCAUCCUGAAGAUCGCCAUGUAACUGAUAGGAGGUGGAUGAGCACAGAUAGACUCAAUAAGGGACUUUUGAGAUCUAGUAUACAAAGACUAGAACACGGGAAAGAGGAUGAAAGCAGUGACUCUUCUGAUGGUGAAAGCUUCUAUUCUGUAGAUUCUCUGUCUUCUGCAUAUGCUAAUGCCUUAAAUGAACAACUAAAGCAGGAAGAAAGAGAGAAACAGAAAUUCGGCAGGAGGGAUUCAGACAGUGAGGACAGCCAAAUGUCACAGGACUCCUUGGUGGAAAGAGAAAACAAAAAAGAUAGACCCAAUAAACGAAAAUAUAACAGAUACAAGACAAUUGUGACUCAUUCUGGCUCUCCUAAUAGUUUAACAGAAUAUCACAACUCAUUUCCUUUAGUCACAACUGGGUCCGUGACCACUGGAUUCUCCAAAAGUUUUUCUCUGGACAGUUUGGCUGAUGCUGAUGAAGUACCAGAUGUGGAUUCAUCUGAGGAACGUCCAGCAGAGAUCUUCUGGAAGCUUCAGAGUCCUAGGUGUGUAAAUAUGAAUGAUGAUGACCAGAAGAAUGUAGACAUUACAACUACUGGAGAAAAUACAGCUCUACAAAGAAGUGCCUCAUUUUACCUUAAGAUGAAUGAGGGUGCUACCAUGGGAUACAGAGAUACCUCCACACCUUUGAAUGUUCCUGAUGUAAAAUCCCAGCAAAUUGACCCUAGUCCACCUGUUCUUAAUGGUGAACAUACUUUGCUUUUAUCACCAAGUGAAAAGUGUACUGUAGAACCUGUUGUAAAUGAUCUACAUCAAGACGUUACUGGUGCUGACGGUUGGGCUGCUAAAACAGAUUCAGACUUCACACAAGAUGAAGGGAAGGAAGUAUCUACUAAAAAUAAUGUUAUUAAAAGCAGACCUAGGGCAUGUCCUGAUAUAAAAGAAGAAUUGAAUGCACAGUACUGUGUGGGUACAGAACCACUUCACGAAAAUCUAAAUAUGUGUAACCUUGAGGGAGAUCAUCCAAAUACUAGUUAUAGCAAAGUAAAAUGUUUAGAAAACAAAAAGCCUGUUUAUGAAUGUAAUAAUAUUGACAAUGAUUGUUCUAGUAAACAUUUAGGUGAAUUCAGUACAUCAAAGGAUCAUCCUAAUUUUCCCGAUGUAUCACACAAUUUCAUGGAAGGUGAGAAAAAUAAACAGAAAUCUGUUCCAGACAUGGAGAAAAAAGAUGUAGCUUUGGAGCUAAUUGGUUAUGACAAAGAGAAUGCAAAUAAAAUGCUACAACCAUUGCCGGACCCAUCUACAGAUGAAAAAAGCAACAAAGAUACCACAGUUUCUGUGAAGACUUCUGUUAAUAGGGAUCCUAAAAUGUCUAUAGAAACACACAGCCAAUAUAUAAAAGAUACCCAUAAGGAGUCUGUUGAACCAAAUGAAGUGAAUAUUAAAGUGAGCAGUGAACAAACAAAUAUUACAGAAGAGCUGACAGUGUGUGAUAAAAACCUUUCUACAUCACUGAAUAAUUUAAAUAUAAAGCCUAUAAGCACAGUAUUGUUAGAAAAUGCAAACCAGGAUAUGAGGCAAAAUACCUGCGUACAAUUUACCACUAAUGAGAUGGUGUCUGACAUUUCUCGUUUGAAUGAAAAUGAAGAAUGUAAACCUAGAGAGAUGGUUGUUUUACAAGAGAAUGGUGAAAUGCAUGACCAUGCUGAUGUCACUAUGGAAAGCUUUGAUCAAAAUGUUAUACAAGUAGGGUCAACAUAUGUGCAGACUGACUACCUGAAUAACCAAACAGCCGUUCUCAGUGAUACCUGUUCAGAAUAUAACAAGUCUGGACUUUUACUUCACAAUAACUUAGAGAUUGAAAAAAUCCAGAAAAACAUAGCUGGGUUUACAAAUGAACUACAAACAGACCAACAAAUUCAUACUGUCAUUGCAACCACCAAUUUAGCAUCACAGGUGACAUCAUACACUGCAACAAUAGAUCUAAAUGGGAACAGAGACUGCAAGCUAGAAACACAACAAAGUUUAUGUGAGAAGGACACUGUCUGUGAAAAUAAAACCGCUGACCCCCUUCAUAGAGUUAACAAUGGACUUGGCAGAAUUGCAGCUGAUAAAAUUGCUGAUGUUAGCACUCCAGUUAUAAUGCCCAACCAACCACUGUCAGCUGCCAAAAACAUAAGCCACACAAUGUCUAUUCAGCAGAGUGACGCAAUAAAUGUAACACCGCUUGCAAUAUAUAAUAACCUUCUCCAACAUGUUAAAAACCUUGGUGAAGAUGAUUCUCCAGCCUCUAGAACUGAGGACGGAUCUGUUGAUGGCCGUAAGGACUCAGAAAUUGAUAAACAGAUAAAGAAAAUCAAUGAAAAUGACGAGAAAGCUUUCAGUGAUACAGAUGAUGGCAAACUAGGUGCUUUAGAGGGAAAACCUGAAGAUCCACCCCCAGCUAAUAAACAUGGGAUGAUAAAGCAUGACAUAUUUGAAAAAGAAACAGACCAAGAUUAUGGCAAAGAUGCUUCAAAGGAUACAAAUGACAAUCAUGUGACAGCCACUCAGGAUUUCACUACUUCUGGGAGAGACGUGGACGGCAACAUUUCUUUUGGCAGUACUACUGAUAGACACAGAAAUCUUCAUGGAAGAUUUGAGGAGGAAAGUGAACCAAUACAUAACAAAGGAAGGGAAAGUUACCAAACAAAAGACCAAAAUUUCAGUGCCAAAGCCCAAGAGGAAAACUUGCUUGUGCAGGAGACACUGGACAAACUUCCAAGUAAAAAUAAGAUCAUGCAAAUAAUUGAAAGCCCUCUGGCAAAGGAUAAACUAGAAGAGAAAACUGCAGUUAUCUUCUCACAAGAUCAUCAAAACGCUACUUGCAAAUCUGAAUCUAUUUACCCUGUUUUAGCUAAUUCUUCUAAUGCCUGCACUUUGCCAACUGCUGCAUCACCUGUUAACUCUUCUCAGUGUAUGGAAGAACCAAAUGAAGCACAAAAUGAUAUCGAGAAUGACACCAAUAAAUGUCAGUAUCCGAUUGCUCAAAUCCAAGAAGCGAACAAACAGACUGAAAUGUCUUUAAGUUGUCAGCCAUCCAGUUUCAGACCCUGUCAAGAAACUGAGCCAACAGAAAAAGCAAAUGUCGACUAUGGCUCGGGUCAUAUAUCUGAAGCAUCCAUUUGUACCACUUAUGAAUUUGAACAUAAUCUUAAAUCCAAAUUAAGUUUGCUAAUGGACAAAGGCACACCUCAAUCUACAGAAAUGGUGGAUGCCUGUGGAAUACAUGUCAUAUCAGAUCAUACAAUAGUACAAUCUGAUCCAUCUUUACAACUGGGAUACAGAAGCAAAGAAAAUGAAGGAAUCCAAAACAAUAUUUGUUUGACUGAAGCAGACUGUGGAGAAUAUCCUUCAGAGUUGAAUAGAUCUACUGGGAUUUCCUCUGGAGAAGAUGACACAGAAACAUCCAGUCCUUUAGUCUCAAGUGGCCUCACAAGCUUGAAUAUUGGAUCAUUGGAAACUCUGUCAGUAUUAAAUGAAUGUAAAUCAGAUAUGGAUGGAGCUAUUCAUACAGAUGUCCCUGGUGACUUUUCUCACCUUGCAUUUUCUAAAAUAAACACAUCACCUUGCACUAUGUCUAACAAAGCUCACUGUUCUACCCAUACCGUUUCUGAAUGUGUACCACCUACCGGGGCACUUGCUGAGUCACAUUUGACAGAAUCCCAAGAGUUCCCACCUAAUGGAUUACCCUUCAGAUUAAGAUCGGAAUCUUUUCCACAAACACUUGUUUCUAGCACCAAGACCAUGUGUAACAUAGAAGACCAUUCAAAUAUAGAGUCAACGGAUCGCUCACAACAUAGUGUAGCAGGCUGCAAAAUAAACAGUUGUUUUGCUGAUCCCUACCAAGCACCAAACUGUUUUGUAAAUGCCCAAGAAAACACUGUUGGACAUGCACAUUUCAAGGAUGAUGGCACUGACAAUAAAUCCUACAUUCCCAAUAUACUGCCAUCUAAUCUUCACAGCAGUUUAUUUAACGACUCAUCAACACAAACACAGACAUCAGUAGAAGAUAUGGUUGAGAAUAAAGAAGGUCUUCACUUUUCCUCAAGUGACAUUAAUCCCUUUGUUCACUCUUGGCAGCAGGAAGUUAGUCCCAGGGCUGGGUGGAGGAACUGUUCAUUUUACAGUGCCAGUGAUGUAUCUUGCAGUAAGUUUCAGGCUACAGCUGAUAAAUUAAUAAGGUGCUCUAGUGUUAAUGAAGGGCUCAAUUGUCACAGCUCUCCUUUUAAUUCUCAUCUUAGUUCCUAUGCAAAUGCUAAACAAGCAUCCAGCACAAUAAGCAGCUUUGGAGGAAAUGAUUCCAGGCACGAUUUAAAUUCGCUUGAUGGUUUUCAAGCUCAUCUAUUGGACGAAACUGAUGCUAUACACAGAAGAAAUGAUAUGGAAUUUGUUGGAACAUCUGGGUCACAAGUAAGAUUUGAAGACGAUUCCCAGCUAGAUGAAAUAAUGAUCCUCUACACUUCAGAGUCAGAGACUUGUACUGAAAAUGACCAAAGAAUGUCUUAUGAACAAAGAACACACACUAAGCCUAGAUAUCGUAAGACCAGCAAGCACCAAAGAAGUAACACAGAUGUGUCAUCCUCAAGGCAAGUUAGGCAGCAGAAAUCAUUUCCUUGGUCCAAUGUUCAGAGCAUGUCCUUGCAUUUAUCACAGCUGUUACAGGAAACCUCAGAACUGCUGGGAAAUUUGUCCCAACAGCGUGAAAAUGUCCCUUUUGAUGCUAUUGGAUUACAGAAAGAUGCUGCAGAAUCGGUUGACAAAAAAUCAGUCAAAGACGCUUUUACCCAAACUUAUGAAGAUAAAGGUAUUCAGACGGAUAAGCUAAACAUUAACAGUGCACAAAACUAUGGCACAGAAAUGAACAGUUUCCUAAGCCCCUCAGAAAUAAAUGUUAUUGUGAAGGUAGUUGGAGCAGAUUCAUCGGUUCAUAUUCCACACAAGAGUCAUUUAACAGGGGCACAAGAUAGUGAUCAAAAAACAAAAGUUAGGAGACAAAGCCUUCCAAACUUGCAUGACUAUGUGCCUUCUAAACCAGCAGAGCAUGAGUCUAAAUCAUCACAUGUACGAGCAUCUGCCCCAUUCCUAAAUGGCUCAAAAGACAUGUCAUCUAGAUCUCUUCAAAUUUCCUCACCUCGAAGUCCUCCUGUUUCAGCCAUUUUCAAGAAGUUCUCAAGGGAGAUUUCUCCUGCUGUAGUAAAUAAACCUUCAUCUGGUGUUGUUCAAACUAUGAGAUGCCACACUGCUAAUCAAGGAAACAGCAUGAUGGUUGAUCGGGCUUCAUCACCAAUUCUAACACUAAGGGCAAGUAAAAAGCCUUUUGAUAAAUUUGGACCUGAAAAUCAUUCCAAUGUACAAAACCUUGAGAAAGUAUCUCAACAUAGGAAAAGGAGAGAGCGCAGAAAUCAUGAUCUACAAGUCGCCACUUCUCAAAUAGAAACAGACAGUGAAAGCAUUUUUUCUUCUGAUCAGGGAAAUCGAGAAAAUGAAUUUGAAGGUGGGCAUUGCAGCUCUCUCAGAGAAUCUCCUAAAAGAAGAAUAGCAACACAUCAAGUUCAGAGAUACAAGAGUGAAGGUUGCAUUCUGCAAAACAAACACUCUCCCUUUACCAACCAAUUUAGUAGCAACUCAGAGAUUUCAGGUUAUGAAGACAGAGAAGAUAGAAAAGACUAUUUUAGAUCCAUCCAACCCAAAAAGGUACCUGCAUCCACAUUUGCUGCUUUACCGGCAUGGGAACGCCCUCAGUCACUUGAAAAUAUCUCUCAGGUGGCACAACCUGUACUGGACAGACACAGGCAGCUCCUAACAAGAACAACAAGGAAAGAUUAUGGCGCUGAUGAGAAUGAUAUUGUUAGUAGUACCAUAAAUUCAAGUUAUCCAUGUGCAAAAAUUGAAAACUACCCAUUCUCGCGUUCUCAAGUAAGUGGCUUUGACUUGCAAUUGCAAGAAGACAGCUUAUCUGUAGUGGAGAGUGAAUGUAAUACCGACAUUCUUUUAGGUCAAGAGCCCACUUUGGCAAACAGUCACAAGUCACAUAAUUAUAGCUUGCAGGAUCUGCCACUUCAUAAUAAGUUCAGCAAUUGGUCUGGGGUUCAAGGUAGUUUACCAAGAAAUGUACAGUUGCUGUUGAGCUAUCCCAAUCUGAGUAUGAAACGGAGUCCCUCUAAUCCAUCUCAGGAAGAGGUGGAAAGCCGAUCUCGUGAGAUUGAAAGGCUGCAGCGGGAGCGUGCAGAGAUCAUGUCUGCAGUACACCUGGAGAUUAAUCCACAGCCCCUUACUGUACAGCUAGCAGAAGCCAAGCUGAGCUAUGGAAUUGGAGAAACUGAUGCACUACUGAGAGUGAUACAGACAGGAAAGAUGGAUCAUCAGGAUCAGGUUUCCAUAAAGAAACAGCUAUAUGAAAGGCACAUGAAAGCGAUAGAAAAUUUGCGCAAGGAAAGAGAAGAGCGACUGCAAAGUUUUAGAAGAAGCCGCAGCCUCAGCCCCCAGAAACAAUUGAGUGCCUCUCAAACAUCGCUGUCAUCAUUAAGAGACUCUGAUUUGCCCAGUAGGCGCAGGGAGUACCUUCAGCAGCUGAGAAGAGACGUUGUGGAUAGCACCAGAAUUCAGGAACCAAAAAGAAGGGCAGCUCAGUGUCCUUCAGAAAUUGAAGCAAUGCUGAAGGAUUAUCAGAAGGCUCGGGAAGAGGCCAGGACUGAGAUUGCCAGAGCAAGGGACAAGUUACGUGAGAGGGCAGAGGUGGAGAAGAGACGCCUGCUGCAGGGCACUUUGCAGAAGGAGGAUACCAAAAUGAAGACACUUGUAAGCACCAGCACUUUAUUUACCAAUUCCAGCCUCAGUCUGUCCUCGGGACCAACGUCAGGGUAUAACAGUGGCAUUACAAACACCCCUGCCAAGGGCAAUAAGAUCAAUGUCCAUGAGGCUAAGACUUCACCAAUGGGCUUGGACUUGGAACUGGGAUCUGGAAGAGGAAGAUCUGCAGUGAGGAACAGUUAUCUUUUGGUGCCCACCCUGAAUGCAUCAGCCUCUGACCCAAACAUAAACCAGCCACCUCCCGAGAAAAGUUCAGCGGCUGAGGUAUCACCAGCACACAGUGGUCACCCACAUGGUCCCCUCCUGCAGUCUACGCCAGUAUUAUAUCAGGAUUUUGCAACCCAGGUUCAAGCCAGUGCAAUGGCAGAGGUAAUGGCCGCUUGUUCAUACGACAUAAAGAACCUGUUCAGUGGCCAGGCGGCAGCAGGUUGGAUAUACCAGACAACAGAGAAGGAUGUAUUGGUAUAUUACAAGGCCUUCUCAUCGCCCACCAAGCAUGGCUUUAUUGGGGCUGGGGUCAUUAAGAGGCCUCUACAUAAUGUCUGGGAUAUGGUAAAAGACGUCCAUGCAAGGGGGCUGUAUGACCAGUCCAUCCUGAGCGCUUGUGUACACCAGAGAGUAAGCAGCACUGUUCAGCUGGUCCAUGUGGUGAUGGAUAUGUCACUUUGCUACCUAAAGCAACCCAGGGACUUCUGCUGCAUCACUGUGGAGUCCAAAGAGGCCGUUCUGUCUAUCUUGUGCUUCCAGUCGGUGUACAAUGAAUCUAUGCCACGUCCUAACAAGGAUGCUGUAAGGGGAGAGAUCCUGCCCAGUGCCUGGAUACUGCAGCCUGAUAGCAGCAAUGGAGAAACAGUCACACGGGUCAUUUAUAUGGUCCAGGCUGAUCUUGGAGCUCCAGCUAUUCCCUCCAGGCUACUCGGUGUGGUCAGUAAGCGGCAGCCUCUGGUGAUUUCAGGCCUGGCCAAUUUCUUCUCUAGGUAACACAGUAUUCAGCACCAGGGGCUACAAUCAUUCCAGGAUCACCGUCACAGAACCGUGAAGGGAUCCUGGCAACACAAAGUACAGUAUGUCUGUAGCACACUCUCGUGUAAGAUUUGGCAGCUAUCAUGCUUGCAAGACAAUCAUUUUUAGUUGAAUUUUUCCUGUGGAUGCUUUGAAAAAGUUUUUAAAAAGCUUUCCUAUUCUGCACACAUC